CCUCUCCAUAUCUUUUAGCUAGCUAGACAAAAUUAGCCAAAUCGUUUUACAUAUCUUUACUGUUUUGAGGUGUCUGAUUCCUAUUAGUUGUAACAGUAUAAUUAUAACUUAUAAAUACUCCAUAAAUACAUUUGUAAUUUUAAACAUGUUUUCGCUUGAAUUUUUUUAGAAGUUUAUUUAUCUGUUAACUAAUCUUUCCUAAGCAUAAACAAACAUGGGUUGUUGUUGCACAAAGCAGAGGAGCAAAUGUGAAGAUUCAGCUGUUUUAGCAGCUAAUACUCAUUUCAAUGUGACUGAAGUGGAGAACUUGUAUGAGUUAUUCAAAAGAUUAAGCAGUUCUGUUGUUGAUGAUGGCUUCAUCACCAAGGAAGAAUUCCAAAUUGGAUUGUUCAGAAACAAAAGAAAAGAAACUCUUUUUGCUGAUAGGAUAUUCAAUCAGUUUGAUUCAAAACAUGAUGGACGUAUAGAUUUCGAAGAGUUUAUACAAGCGUUAAGUAUCUUCCAUCCGAAUGCACUCUUAACAGAAAAAGCUUCCUUUGCAUUUCAGCUGUAUGAUAUUUGGGAAACUGGUUAUAUCGAGCCUGACGAGGUUAGAGUGAUGCUUUUAGCUCUUCUUGAUGAGUCUGAUCUGAUCCUUUCAGACGACAUUAUCCAAUUAAUAAUCGACAAGACAUUUGAAGAAGCCGAUUUUAAAUGUGAUGGGAAGAUCGAUCCAGAAGAGUGGGAGGCAUUUGUAGCAAGAUUUCCUUCCAUUUUGAAGAAUAUGACUAUUCCAUAUUUGAAGGAUAUCCCAACAGAAUUUCCAAGUUUUGUGCAGAGGAAAGAUACACAAGAAGAAGAAUAGACAACAUUUUCAUCUAUCAAUGUUGAAAUAAUUGCUUAACUAGAGUACGAAGAACGAAUCUUAUGUUGCACCCUGGAAGACCUGCUCGUUCAAGCUCAUGCAAUGCUCGUUUGAGCAGAUGGAUCAGAAUCUCACUGUUUAAUGUGCACAGGUCUGCUCGUUCGAGCUCUUACCCACUCGUUCAAGCAUCCAUUCAACUUCACAUUCUGUCUCCUCUGAACUCAAGGCUCGUUCAAGGCAUAAAACCAGUCACACAUAAGACUCUUAAACUUCGGCAUUCAUCAUGACUUGUAACACAUUCUUUAUUGCAUAAGUUUAGGACACAACUUAAUUCCUCCAUUAAUUAUCACACUUUAAACACCACAUUCAAUCACCAUUUCAAAACACCAACUUAAAUCACCCAUUAAUCAUCCACAUAGGAUUUCAUCCCGUGAGUCACACAUGAAUGCACACUUGAAUUUGUGCACUCAAGUCACACCAUUAAAUCUCAACAAAUGUAAUUAUAUAUAUAUAUAUAUAUAUAUAUAUAUAUAUAUAUAU